AUGGCCGACUCAGAUUCUUCCCUUCCUCUCUCCGCGAAGAAGGAGAACAUCACUCCCAUUACCUCUAAAAUUGCUGAACUUAAUGAAUCGAGAUCGGAGCUUCUUGGAAGAAUUCAGAGUUUGAAACAGGAUUUGCAAAGUUGGAGGUCUAAGUUAGAUACACAAGUCAAGGUCUAUCGUGAUGAGCUGUCAGAACUUAAGAAAACACUCAAUGUUGAAGUGGACCAACUUCGAUUAGAAUUUCAAGAUUUGAGGACUACCCUUCAGCAGCAACAAGAGGAUGUUACUACUAGCCUUAGAAACUUGGGGCUUCAGGAUGCCUCAGAUGUCAAGCAUGCUCCGUCACAGGAGACAAAGAUUGAAGAAAUUGACAAGGAAGAUCAGGAGGUAGUAGCUGGAGAAGAUAAUAGCAGCAAAGUAGCUGAAAAUUAA